GCAAUUGCAGAGGCAACAAGGAGCAAACUACAAAAGCUUCCUGAUACACCAAUAAACAUCUCAGAUGAGAUAAAAGCCAUCCUACCAUUCGAACUUCCAAUAAAAUUCAAGUCACAAACGAGAGCUGUGGUUACAGCACUACACAAAGUCUUCGAAUUCGAAAAGCUACCACCUACCUACUUUAUCGAACUUCCACCUCUGCCACAUGAUAUAAAUGACUUAGACUAUAGCAUUAAACACCUUUUCCCAAUAACAGAAAGAAGAGAACUAGGAAAACUUGCAUACUACAGAAAACGACUACAAGAAGUCUACAGCUGUGAUAAAAUUCCAGAUCACUUCUUUAACCUACCUCCACCAAUGCCAGAAAAACCUGCACUCCCACCUGCAUACCAAGACAUAGAAAACCCACAACUAAGAGCAUGCUUCCCAAUAGACAGAGCCAACCAGGACACGAAUAUGCAAGACAUCGUUACAAGACUUAGAGAAUACUAUGCCUUCCAAAACAUACCAAAUGACUAUUUCCUAGUGAAACCCAGUCUGCCAAAGGAUCCAAGCAGAAUUAAAACCCAAAACACAUAUACCUAUCCAAUCACAGAUGAUACAGAAGCAGCAACCUUUAUACACGAAGAAUUGAUCAUGACUGCUAAUCCUACAAACAAACCCAGACUACCUACUGAUCCCAAAAUGAUUACAGAAGUUAACCUUACUAUUCCGAUAGAUACACCCAAAAGAAUAACAGAAACUGCAUGCCUUCUCAGACCCCAUUACUACUUCCAAAAGUUACCUACAGAAUGGAUACAGAUAUUAGAAACAAAUAACAAAACUAUAGAUGAAAUGAGUGCAAACAAAGAA